UUGAAAAACUCUCAGCGCCUAUUACAACAAUUGACUUCUACUCUAGUGCUUUACCGUGGGUGUCUCAUGAAGAUUUUGCGCAAUUCUGGGAGUUGUUGCUUCGAAGCUGUGUUGCUUUUGUCAUUAAAGCAGACACUAGAAAUAAUUUUCUAGUUGUGCAAUGGCUUUUGAAGAGCUACCAAAAGAGGACUGGUAUAACGUUCUGAAUGCAGAACCAUCAGACAGCCUGGCAGAACUGAAAAGGAAAUAUCAAAAGCUGGUGUUAUUGUAUCAUCCAGAUAAACAGAACGCAGAUGUGCCAGCAGGAGAAGUGGAGGCGCGCAAGCAGAGGUUCAUCGAAAUUGAUCGAGCGUGGAAAAUUCUAGGGAAUGAAGAGACAAAAAAAGAGUAUGACCUGCAGCGGCGUGAACAUGAAUUAACAGAAGUAUUGCCAGUGGAUGCUCAAGUUUCCUUUCAAGAUAUGGCCUGGAAUUGCAAUAAUCAGUGUUAUUCUCUCAUCUGUCGAUGUGGUGGAAAUUACACUAUCUCCAAAAAUGAAGCUGAAGACGUUUCUCUGGUAUGCUGUGACACCUGUUCGCUAGUUAUAGAAAUUCUUCGAUGAUCCAACAAUAUUUGAUUUGAGCACGAGGAAAAGACAUAAGAAGCAUCUUCUUGAACAGACAAUAAGAAUGAAGUUGUAUGGGGUUAAAAACCCAAAAAUGCACAGUCAGUGUUCCUAAGUAGGCAUUUUACAUUGUAAUUGUUCUUGUCUUAGUGUUGCUUGUUUAUUCCUAUUUUAAAUACGGAACUUCCUAAAUUUACUCAUGGCACAGAAGUAAAUCCCAUACUCUAAUGCAGAGGUGGUUACUUUUGUUGGAUUUCAUUUCACGCAGGACACAGGAUAACAUACCUGGUACACAAAAUGUAACUGAAAGGUUAUCUGAUUAAAGCAGAUAUUGUAUAUUACAUUAAACUGCAGACUAAUGUUCUUGGAAGAUGGGGUGAUGAAGUCUCUGCGCUGUAGGAGGAAGGAGGAAAUCAGCAAAAAUCCCUCCUCCUGAUUCUUUCAUCACAAACCCCUAUUCUUAGUGCUCCUUUUGUGGCAAAGAUCAUAUAAGAAUAGUGGUUUCUGUUGAUCUCCUCAAGAGUGUGGGUGGGGACAGGGAGAGCAAAGGCUCUAUCUGUAAACUUGCUCCUUUAGGGGUUGUCUGUAUCGAAUCUGCAUUAUUGAAGUAGAAGACUUAUUUUCAGCAGUGCCUACCACGGAGGUCAUAUACAGGUUUACAGUGGCUUCUACUCAUUGCUGCAGAGUCAUCUAUUUGCCUACGUGGUACCAUAGUAGUUAAAAACAGUCCUCCCCUAAAUUUUUAUGACUCCCUUGUUUUCAGGACGGUUAUAUAACUUACUUUAGAUAUAUAAAAAGCAAUGUGAUUGUGAGAUUUUAAAAAAUGCAUGAUUUGUAAACAACUACUGGGAUAAUAUCUAUGUCCUUUGUAAAUGUGUAUUUUAUAACAUUGGAUAAAUGAAGGUAAUAAU